AUGGAAAGUGGUAAUAAGAAAAGAAUAGACACUUAUGAAGAAAAUGAAUGGAUAGAAAAAGAAGAGGGAAAUAAUUUGGGGGAUAAUAAAAAUGCAGAUUAUUUUGUGAGUUCUAAUAUAGAAGAUGUAUUCAUAUCUAAUAGAACUACAGAAAAUGAGAAUGAAGAAAUGACAGGUGAAUUUAUGUCUUCAUCAGACAUUUCUAAUAAAGGAGAUGAAAAAAAUGCGUAUAAGAGAGUAAGACAUAAAGAGAUAAAUAAGGAAGAUAUGCAUAUAGGAAAUAAUCAUAAUUAUGUAAUGAACGACAAUAAUGAUGAUAAUAAUAUUCAAAAUAAUGUUUCUAAUAAUGUGGAAGAGAAUAUUCAAAGUAUAAGUUUUAUAGAUCAUGAAAUGAUCCCAGAAAAAAUGAAUAUACUAAUAAAUAACAACAAUAGUAAUAUAAUUAAUGACAAUAUAUAUAUUGAUGGUAAUAAUCAUAAUAAUAUGUACAUUGAUCAUACUCCUUCGGAUAACAUAUAUAAUAAUAAUGAAAAACAUACAAAAGAAUUAUACGAUAAGAAGAAACCAUGUGGCAUAUAUAAAAAUACAAAUUCAAAUUCAAAUACAAAUUCAAAUUCAAAUACAAAUUCAAAUUCAAAUGAUCAUUUUAAAGAAGCUAAAGAUGAAGGAAAUAAUAAUCCAGUAGAUGAAUUAAUGAAAGAUAUUAAAAUGUUUAACAACUCUAUGCAAUCUAUAUAUUCAACUAAUAAUUUAUCAUUUCAAAAAAAUUUAUCCAAAAUGUAUUCAGAAUUGGCUUCUAAUAAAAAUCUAGAAUCUCUUCACAAUUUGUUUAAAGACACAUCUUUUGGGGGUAAUAUGGAAAAGGCCCAAUUUCUUAAAAAUAUUUUAUUGGCUAGCUGCUUACCUCAAAAUGGAAUGGGUAUUAAGAAAAAUGAGGUUGCAAUUAAUAAAGAUAUAGAAAAUAACAAAGAAGUGGAAAAAAUAAAUAAUAAAAUACUUAUUAAUGAUCCAAGAAAUGUACAAGUUUCGCAAUAUAUUAAAAAGAAAAAAAGUUCAAAUUAUAAUUUAAAUGAAUAUACAGAAGAAUCUAAUAUAACAAAUUUGAGUGAAUCACAAAAUUUGAUUUCUAACAUGGAACCCACAACAGUUUUUUCUUUGUCAUCUCAUAAAAAUAACUUAGAUGUAAAGGAAGGAGACGAAAAUGUCGGAAAAAAAGAAACACCCAAAUUUUUAGAAGACGUAGAAAUAAAUACAAAUGAUUUGAAUAUAAGAGAUGAUAUAAGUCCCUUAAAUUUAAAUCAAUAUAAAGAAACAUCAAUGAUUAAUAUAUGGAAUAAAUCAAGUUCAAAAAAAAAUAUAUCUUCUAACGAAUGGGAUAAAAUGAAAAAGAGUUUUUGUAACAUUGAAAAUAAUUUAAUAGAUUUUAAUAAAUUAAAUAAGACAAGUAAUGAAAAUGUUAUAGAAGGAAUACAAAAUCAAAUUAUUGAUGAAGAAAUGAAAAAUAUAGAAACUAGUCCAUUUAUUAAUUAUUUAUCUAAUGACAAUAUUAUGACUGUAGGAAAUACAAAUAUAUCGAAUGAACGUUUUCCUGUAUUGGAUUAUGUAGAACAAAUGGGUUCUAAUGAAACUAUGUUCUAUGAUAAUUUUGACAAAUAUCAAGUUCUUAAGGACCAUACUUCAAAUUCUUUUCAUUUAUAUAAUAGUAACGAUUCUUCAAAGGUUUCAUGUGCAGACCAAGAUAUUAAUAAGAUGGAUGUGGAUAAUAUUAAUAAUAAGAUGGAUGUGGAUAAUAUUAAGAAUAAGAUGGAUGUGGAUAAUAUUAAUAAUAAGAUGGAUGUGGAUAAUAUUAAUAACAAGAUGGAUGUGUAUAAUAUUAAUAACAAGAUGGAUGUUGAUAAUAUUAAUAAUAAGAUGGAUGUGUAUAAUAUUAAUAAUAAGAUGGAUGUGUAUAAUAUUAAUAAUAAGAUGGAUGUGGAUAAUAUUAAUAACAAGAUAGAUGUGGAUAAUAUUAAUAACAACAUUUAUGUUGAUAAUAUUAAUAACAACAUUUAUGUUGAUAAUAUUAAUAACAAUAUUUAUGUUGAUAAUAUUAAUAAUGAAAUAUAUAUGGAUGAUAAUAAUAAUAAUGAUGAUGAUACGGAUAAACAUAGCAAUAUCUAUAAACAUAUGCCCACAAAAUGUCAUAUAAAUAAUAUUAGCCCAACAAAUGCAGGUGAUAGAAGCAAAAUGAGUUCUCCUGCUCUACAAUCCAUGAGAACGAAAAUAGGAAAUACCAAUUUAUUAACAAAGGAAGAAGAGGGGGGGUCGAAUUUAAAAAUAUGUAAGAAUGAAUUAAGUAAGAUGGAACAUACAAAAGUAAAUACAAUAAAGAUGAAAUCUCCUAAAAAUAUCAGUAAGGUGUGUCAAAACAAAAGUACAAUAAAUGUUCCUAAGGUAGUUAAGGUAAAAAGUAAAACUAAUGAAAAUGUGAAAACUCCAAAGAUGACAAAAAGAAAUAGUGACAACACAACGGGUAGAGGUGAUCAGAAGAUGAAUGUUAAUCAAAUAAAUAAUAAUAUUAAUGUGAAUAACCAUGUUACGGUAAAUAAUAAUAAUAAUAAUAAUAAUAAUAAUAAUGGUAGUGUAAAUAAUCAUAUUCAAGUUCAUGAGGGUAGUAAUAAUCAUGGUGUUAGUAGUUUAUCACCUGUUCAUCAGAAUGGAACAUUGACUAAUAAUAUAUGUGUAAAGAGUAAUAAAAAUGAAAAGAAUGCAUCUGGUGAAAAGGAUAUAACAUAUAAUAUGAACGUGGUGAUUAGAUGUAGACCUAUGAGUAUUAGUGAAAAGAAUGAUGGAGCAAAAAAUGUAAUAAAGAUUUUAGAAAACAAAAUGGUAGUAUUAUUAGAUCCAUCUGACAAUAGUGAUAAUGUAUUAAGACAAAAUCGGAGUAGAGAAAAGAAAUAUGUAUUUGAUUAUGUAUUUGAUGAAAAUAGUUCUCAAGAAGAUGUUUAUAAUAAUAGUGUAAAAUGUUUAAUAGAUGCAGUAAUAAAAGGAUACAACUCAACAGUAUUUGCUUAUGGUGCUACAGGUGCUGGGAAAACACAUACAAUUAUUGGUUAUAAAAAUGAACCAGGUAUUAUGAUGAUGAUUCUAAAAGAUUUAUUUGAAAGAAUAAAAAUGUUACAAAUCAUGAAUGAAUAUAAAGUCAAAUGUUCAUUUAUUGAAAUUUAUAAUGAAAAUAUAUGUGAUUUAUUAAAUCCUUCAAAUGAAUAUUUAGAUGUAAGAGAAGAUCCUAUCAAAGGAGUAACCGUUUCUAAUAUUUUUGAAGUAUGUACAACAUCUGUAGAAGAAAUAAUGGAACUUAUUCAUACAGGGAACCGGAAUCGAACCCAAGAACCCACAGAUGCAAAUAAAACAAGUUCAAGAAGCCAUGGGGUAUUACAAGUAAUUGUGGAAGAAACUGAAAAGGGUCAAGGGGUAUAUCAGCAAACAAAAAGAGGAAAAUUAUGUGUAAUCGAUUUAGCUGGUAGUGAACGAGCUAGCCAAACCAAUAAUAAAGGAAUGAGAAUGUUAGAAGGUGCAAAUAUUAAUAGAUCAUUACUAGCUUUAGGAAAUGUAAUAAAUGCAUUAGUUCUUAGAAGUAAAGGAAAUAGCAAAUCUAAUUUUAUACCUUUCCGAGAUAGUAAGUUAACAAGAUUAUUAAAAGAUUCCUUAGGAGGAAAUUGUAAAACGGUUAUGAUAGCAAAUAUAAGUCCAUCCCAUUUAUCUUAUGAAGAUACACAUAAUACAUUAAAAUAUGCAAACAGGGCAAAAAAUAUAAAGAAUGUCGUAACAGCUAAUUCGAUAGUUGUUAAACAUCAUUUAACAAUGUAUAUUGAUGUAAUAGAAAAAUUAAAAAACGAAAUCGAGUUUUUAAAAGAGCAAUUAAAUGAAAAAGAAAAAAUACAUGGUUAUAUGAGUACUAAUUCGACUAAUUAUGAUUAUUAUGAUCAAUUGAAGGAUUAUGAAAAAAAUUAUUCUAAGGAGGAGUUAAUACAUAUAAUAGCUUUGUUAAAAAAGGAAAACCAGCGUUUGAAAAUGUGUGAUACACAUGAGGGUCCAAUGAAUAAUAAUGAAUCUGGUGCUAUUAUAAAUAAUAAUAAUGAUGAACAGCACAACAAUGUAAAUGAUAAUUUUAAUCACAACGAAUAUGAUAAUAAUAAUAAUAAUAAUAAUAGGGAAAAAUUAAACCAUGACAUCUUAACAAAUAAGCAUAAUGAAGAACUAGCCAAAUAUAAAGAAGAAGUAAACAAUCUCAAAAUGAUGAAUGAGAAAUUAUUUAUGGAUAAUAAAAAUUUUCAACUAAAGUUGCAAGAAUAUGUAAAUAUUUCUAAAAAUUUAAAAACAUUAAAUGAGGAAUAUAAAAAACAAAUAGAAGCGUUCAAAAGUAUGGUACACAACCAUGAUAUGAAUCAUAUUCAAAUAAAAAAAAAGUUGGAUGAUUUAAAAAAAAAAUAUGCCCAGCUGAAGGAAAGUACUGAUGAUAAAGAUAAUGACGAUGUCCUAGAAAAAUGGAAAAAUGAAUUAACAAAAGCAAUAAUAUUAGAAAUUAUUAUCCAUAAUGGUUAUCUAUUAUAUCACAAAUUUGGUGAUCUAUUAAAUGAACGUAAGAAAAUAAAAAUGAUAAUAUUGGAUAUAGAGAGAAAGUUGAUACAGAAUAAAGAAAUUGGGGCACACAAAAUAUCGGAAGAGGACAUAAAAUUGUUACAAGAAAAUAAAACCAAGAUGGACCACCAGCUAAAACUCAACAUUCUUCAGACAAACAAUUUAAUAAAAGACUUACCAAUAAAAAUAAAAGACGAAAAGAUGAAAAAUUUUCUGUAUCUUUUUUAUACUAACAAGGUAUUAUUGCAGGAGAAGGAAGAGCUACAGGAUUUUUUUGAAUUAUCAUCUACCAUUAUUAAUCAAAAAGAAAAACAAAUUGAAGAUUUAAAAGGAAAGUUAAAGGAUAUAAAUGUUCCGAUCACUUCAAAGAAAUAA